AUGCCGCCCAAAAUUAAAGACAGGAAGCUACGCACAUCGGAUGCAAUGAUGGAAAAUACUAGCAAAGUGGGAGUUGUGCUAGAUGUCAAUGUUCCUCCAUCCCUUAGCGCAGAAUUGGGAUCUGAUGUUACCCUUCCUUGUACCUCCACUGUGAAAGAUUCUGCUCUGAAUGUUAAUUAUUUAGCAUUUGUGUGGCAAUUUAAAGGCCAAGACAUUCUCACUUGGAACAAUAAGAAGAAAAGCUCCAACGCAAGAGUGGUGUUCAAUGACCAAGAAGCCAGAAAAGGAAAUGCUACUCUGGUUCUUCAAAAUGUUAGUACCUCAGAUGAAGGAAGUUAUACGUGUACAGCUAUUUACAGCCCAGAAACCCAAACAAGACAAAUCCAGCUGACUGUUUAUGAGCUUCCAAUAAUCAGCAAUAUUAAGAGGUUGGAUGACCAGCUGCUGUGCUCAGUCACUGGGUUCUACCCAAAAGAUAUCUUUGUAGCAUUAUUAAUGGAUGGAAAGGUGCUGAACAGUUCUGUUUUGGUCAGUAACCAGAAUAUAGAUGGCACAUACAGCAUUAAUAUAUCUGCACCAUACACAGAGAUGGAAAAAUCUAAGUCUUUUUCCUGCAAAGUUCAACACAAAUAUCUACCAAGCCCCCUUGAGAAGCACGUCCAGCUGGUGGUUGAAGGAGAUAAAGAGAGCGGCUUGAAUGUGUUCUUAUUGGUUGGGAUCCUUGUAGCUCUUGUGUUUAUUGGAGCUAUAAUUGGUGCUGUUUUUUAUUACAGACACAAGAAAGGUAUGAAAUCUUUCCUGAUGAAUAAAAUUCAUGGUCCUGAUACUUGGGUUGAUGGAGAGAAGAUUACUUUGUACUGCACAGCUUCUCACUGUAUUAAAGAUGUGCAAGCGACAUGGAUUAUAAAGAAUAAAGAUGGUACAAUGUGUGAGAUCGCAGACUCUACAAAGGUGCAAUCAGAAGAGGAAGAGCCUCUCAUGGCCAAGGAAUAUGAGAUGACCAAUGAGAGAACAGAUAAACCAGGAGAAACGAGAUCUUGUGAUUUUACAACAUCUCUAAGCUUCAUUCCAUCUGUAUCAAGACAUCUAGACUCAUCCAUUAUUUGUCUAUUUUUGUGCCGGAUGGAGAAGAUGGAGAGAGCAUUUCAGUUCAAAUCUAUUCAUGCAAAGCCCAAGUUCUUGGAGCCAGUAAUAUUCUCACUUUGUGAGCCAGACGAUGUGCAGCUGUCAGUGAAUCUGCAAAGAUUUUAUCCUCAAAAUAUCCAGAUAAGCUGGGGCUGUGAUGGGAAAGAGUCCAAAGAGGGCAGGACCUCAGAAGAUGAGAUAAAUAACAAUCCUGAUAAAACUUUUAGUCUUCAAAGCAAAUGUAAGAUCCCUGGUUAUCUCUUCAAAGAUCCAGCUUUUAAAGUGCGUGCGACUUGGCAACAUGAAUCUAUGGAAAGCCCUGAGUCUAGAGAAGUGUCUGUUAGAGAGGAGAGAAAUUGCGCCAUAAGUGGCAAGCUUGGCGGGCUUUCUGUUACUACUCCUAACUUGAAGAUGUAUGAGAAGAAUCUUGGAACUAGCCUUAAACCAGUGUCGGACUAUGAGUUGCUUUAUUCUUUACUACAAGAUUUGGAUCAAAGGGUGGAUCACUAUUUCUCUGAUCUGCGGGAUUCCCUGACAACAGCACUAGAGGGAAAGACCUACAGUCCACCGGUCAGUGAAGAACCCGGAGAUACACAGACUAAAUCACUGCAGGAAUGCCCGCUGCUUAACGUGGUUAGUAAAGAUGUUCUUACCCCAUUACAGGACUGCUAUGACCCGCCCUUUGUUGAUCACACCACUAUCGAUGUGAGAGGGACUACACUACCGGAACAGACCAUGCAGGAUGCUGGAUAUUAUGGGCCUUCUGGGUCCCUACCGGACCUUAAGGAGAUCGAGACACAUGACCUGUUUUCCAACAGCAGCAAACGAACCGACUGGCAUGAUGGCGACUCAGCUCCUACAGUCCUAUUGCUCCCACAGAGGGAGAUAUUGAGGCCUGUCACUCUUCUCAAGCUGAACUCUGAAUACGAGUUUAUGGUACAGAUUCCUGCUUGCACUCCUUCAGAGUGGGAGUCGCAAGAGGACAGUAACUCUAACCUGCAGACGCCGAGGAGAGAGAUUUUCACAACCCCAAGCACCGCGCCGGGUCAGAAAUUCAUGUGGGCUGAUGUGGCUCGGUGCCAUACGGAUCGGAAAUGCGAAGCAGCAUACUCUGACAGCAGCUUCUGGAUUCUAUUUGAGUCGUUGACCGCUACGACUAUAUUAGAGCUACCGCCAAAACUGGGCAUCGGGCCUCAGGCCCAGAUCCCAACUAGCUCCCACAAGGUAGCAGAGUCAUACUAUCUAUUAUGUACAGUAUAUUCAGAUUUCCCGUGGUCCCCAGAAAUUGAGGACAAUCCCAUAGAAAGUAACUCUAAUAGCAACAAACUAAAUUAUAAAAUCACUAAGUAUUUUCCAGAUGCACUGACAGUAACUUGGUGUAAGAAGGAAGGAAAUACAGACUUAGUGCCGAUUUCUACAGAUAACACUUAUGAAGUACCAGCUAUUCACUCGCAGAAGCAGGCAGAUGGCACGUUCACAUGUAACGCUUGUUUGGUCAUUAGCGUUCCAGCAACCCAUAAGCAACACGAGCAAUUUGUCUGUAGAGUGGAGCACCCAAGUCUGAAGAAACCAUUACAGACAGCAAUAACUGCACUGCAGGACAAUGAAACAUUCAAAGUCAGUAACAUCCAUGGACCUAAGAAGUGGAUUGAUGGUGAAAAGGUCACAUUAUAUUGCACAGCCUCCUAUUGCCCGGAGGACGUCCAGGUGACGUGGGUUAUAACAGAGCAUGACGGAACUGUGCGAGAGGUCUCAGAGCUUCCACCAGUAAAGGACAAUGAAGGAGGGAAAGUUGUACCCACUGGAUAUGUUGCAAACAGGGAAAUAACAGAGACAUCAGAUAGAGAUGGACUUACAGACUUUACUACGUCACUGAGCUUCACACCAUCUAUAGCAAAACACAAAGACUUAUCCCUAGUCUGCAGAUUUGUUUGCAAUAACAGAGCCAAGGAGAAACGGUUUAAACCUGAGUCUAUUUUUGCAAAACCUAAGGUGCGGGAGCCUAUAAAAUUGUCUCUGGCCACUUCUGGAGAGGUGCUUUGCUCUUUUAUAAUGGAGGAGUUUUAUCCAAAGAAUAUUUUCAUAAGCUGGAGCUAUGGAAGAAGUAAUUCCGUCAUAACUAUAGAAUCAAAAGAGAACUUCACAGAACAUAAUCUCACCUGGAAAGUUCAAAGUAAAUGCAGAGUUCCUGGUCAACUUUUUAAAGAUGCAGAUUUUACUGUGAUUGUAAAAUGGAAACAUGAUGAGAGUAUGGAUGACUAUGAAUCAAAACAGAUAUCUAUAAAAGAUAAAGACAUUUUUGUGAUGUUUCCUAAACAGUUGAAGUCUGUCUAUGCCAUUGGGAGUUAA